AUUGGCGAGGACUCAUCGGUCGUGUGCGGACAAUUGACCGCUGGUCUGGUUAAGGUUGUCCACAACACAGUCAGCAUCACAACUUCGAAGAGCGGAGAUUGGUGAGAGUCACGAUCUCAGGCUCAAAGAAGCCCGCCAGCCAGCGCCCGUCUGAGGCUCAGGCUUUCGGUCAGGGACAUAUGCGUUAGCGUGGAAGCUUUCCAGGCCCAUGCCGAAUUUGGCUCAUUAAGCGGAUGGUCCCUAAUCUGCUUUGUCAGUCAAUUCCACCACCAUCUCCUCUUCUCGGCCGAGGUUGAUCAUGGGUGUGUGCCUAUCAUCGCUGAAAACCCUGCGAACCUGAUUCCUAAUCUGAGUAUUGAUAAUAUCAUUGCUGAGUGAGAAGCUUCUACAAGCUACGGGCAUCCGUUUACUUGCUCUCUCUUGGUGGAUCUAAGAUUGUGAACAAACUACUCAAUUCAAAUUAUCUUGAAAAUAUGGUUGUGCAAGGGUAUCUGCCGCGAAGUAAGGUUGGUUACUUUUUUGUCCUUGUGACUGACUUUCUGGCGGACAAUUUUCGCUUUCGGGUGCACGAAACAUGCCGAGCCCACAUGCACACCCAGACAAGCACCUACGUAUCAAUCCGAUCAGAUCAGCGGGGGGGACGCUCACGACAAUCUUUCGCAGCUCACGGAUUUCGUAGGGACCGAUCUACCGAGAACGUGGGGAACCAGACUAGGAACGCGGCUGGCAUGAUAUCUAGUUCUCGUUCUUUAUCAAGAGCAGCAAAACCCCGGCGCUGGUGUUUACAUUGAUACAUCCUAGCUCCGACGGAUCCAUCAUCCACUAUCGCAGUUCUAGACAAACCCGUAAAUUCCGAUUUGCUUGACAAUGUCAAUUAUCAUAUGUAUUGAUUUGUGAGGUCUCAUGAAUUUAUUCCUCAGACGAUAUUAUUAAAGUAUGUCGAUGAUUCCGAAAUCGGGUCCAGUGUUGACGUCGAAGUCGAUGACGUGAACGUUUGGGGAUGUAGGUAGUUGAGCAUGUCAUUUACACGCCAAGAUUGAUCGUCAACCUCAGGAACAACGCCACAAGUUACGUCGUCAACGACAAGUGUAAUAGUAAUAGGUACCACGCGAUCUGGCGCUGUCGCAUCUCUUACCCGGUAGAGACUAACAACACAUCGAUCACAUAAUUCGCUUGACAGCAAAGCAAUCGAGAAGGCAAUUCGAGGACUUCGAGGACUUUGCCAUCCGGCAUUGGCUCAGGUUGUCCUAACCUACGUCACUCCAGAAUACACAUUGAUCGACGAAAUUUCCCGAUCAAGACCACUCUAGGUAGUUAACACUGCAUUGAAGAUCGGAUCGAUAACAAUGACGCGGGAGAGUACUCCAUAGUUCCAUGUCAAUUGGCAUUUCUGUAAGCUUAUUCAGCGAGUCCGACCUGAUAUGCAAAGCUUGUGAGUAAAUCCCGGAGACACGUUCGCGGUUGAGGAUAAAACGGCAAUGUCGGGCAAUUAUCAGCAAACUAGUACGACUUCGGCGCACAUUGCCAUUUCCAGCAGUGCCUACUAUACACUGGUAUCUCGCGAUGAUGGCACUUACGACAGAGAUACAUAGGCCUGAUUUGGAGAAGUAGCCGGUUCUGCUCGAAGUUGCCGAGAAUCAUCACAAGCUCAACAUACCUACCUAGUAGUUUCUAGUUAUCGCAACGGGCGCGGAUGAUCGACAACAGAAGCUUACGGAUUGUGUCGGCAAUUAGGUUGGUGAACCACAGCAUAACAACAUUAAGUAUAUAACUCUAUAUAGAUUUAUAAAGCAUUAAUGAUAAACUGGCGCC